UGGGGGUGUGAAGGCAGCACCACAGAGGAACAACGAGGUCCUCACUCCUCCCAGAGCCAAAGAGGACCUCUGGAAUAAAGACCUGGACCUGCGACUAGACCCAGGACUGGACGAUACGACUGUGUUUGGCACGAGACCAUGGAGAGCUAGGACAAGAACGUCCAGAUCUCUGCGGUCUCAGAUCUACACCACCGUCUCCGGCAGCAUUCCACCAACAUUUUGCCAAACAAGAAUCCGAGGCCUAAAACCCUGGACUCAUUCAACACAUUUUGGUUUGAGUGUUUUUAGAUGGGGUCAGCGUUUGGCCGGUUCUGUAUGCAGUUCUUCUGCUGCUGCUGCGUCACAGACGAAGAAGAUGAUGACGAAAAGGAGCCACUGCUGCCGCCUGACCCUCUGGAGUUUUUUAAUCGUGAAGUCCAGAAGCGCAAAGAUGAGGAGACCAACCUGUGGAGCACCCCAGGAGACCCGAGCCACUCCGAGAGGGACGACGACCGCACGCUGUACACCCUGAUCCAGGCGCGCAACAAGACUCGCAUGGGGUCUACGGGUUACAGACGUUUGAGCGUCGACAUCGAAGCCAUGAGAGACACACGAAGAGAAGUUCGAGACAAGUGGAAGACCAUUCUGGAGAACUUAGGCUUCAUGGCAGAGGCUGAUUCUCUCCUGAACGUCUCUGCCGGAGCGUCACAGGACCGGAUGAGGGAUGCCGCAGCUGCCCGGGCCAUGCUCAACCUGCUCCACACCGAGACGUCCAUCUUCAACAGCAGCAAAAACCCUCCUCCAGAGAGAUACCUCUUUAUCCUGGAUCGUCUGAUCUACUUGGACAUAGCGGAGGACUUUGUUGCCAAGGCCAAACGUUUCUAUCCUCCCAAAGACUCGGACGACUCGGACGAGGACCCGAUGGGCCUCGGGAUCAACCUGCCGCUGCUGCUCGCGCGAGUCGAGGCCAUGAACGGAGUCCCAGAUGAUGACGACGACGAUGAUGAAGAGAAAAGCUACGAGAGUGACAGAUCCUAAAGCUGCAGUACACCACACGACACCAGGGGGCAGUAGACUACAGACUACCACACUGAAGGAGCUGCACAUCUAGGCCCACAAGUUCUCUGCUGUCUGAAUUUAACUCCCAUUUCCACACAUUUUUUCAUACUUAAAGGUGCAUUACGUAGCUUUUUUCUGGUGGAGCUGCUCUGUAACUACUUUUCCACAGUAUGGCUUUAAGUUUCUGUUAUUUAAAGGUCCUGUAUGACACAAAAUGGACUGUUUCCUCCUCAAAAACAGACCUGGAGUUGUGUUUUGUUUCAUUCACACAUGUUUGAUUAACACUUUAUUAUUAGUCUGUCUACAUCUCCA